AUGAGAGCCUCCGCUGCUACCAUUGCCGCCGCGCUUUUGACCGCGGCCGUCCCCGCUAUCGCCUAUCCUGCGACUCUGCAAACUCGCGACGGCGAGACUUGGAAGAGUGACAAGGGCGGAAAUGUCAAGGUUGAGGUCGGCAAUGAAUUGAUUCUCUAUGGAACCGCCUUGCCCUCAGCUACUCUCAACGCUAUUCUCGAGCAGUGCGGGGAGUUGAGUUGCAAGCCGGGAGAGCCUGUCAAGGCCAAGACUAUGCGUAUCGGCGCUGGUAAUAUGGGCCAAGAGACGGAGAUGGUUCUCACUGUUGAGGGUAGCUUCGCUAGCGCCGGAGAGCCUGGCGACAAAGCUCAUCUUGUUGAAAUGGCCAAGACAGUCAUGAGAAAGAUGUUUGAUGAGGGGAAGCACAAGCUGGAACAGAACGUUCCUUACUACACCAAGCCCUGUCAACAGACUAAGAACGGUUGUAUCCACAAGGACAAAUUCUACGCUGAGCAAUGGCAGGCCACGGACCAUGUCAAUGUUCGUUAUGAGGACGAGAAGACGGGCUUCAAAUCGUUCCUCAAUGUCGGAUUCUCCCACCCCGAGACGGAGAGCCUUGACGGCGACAUCUGCGCCGGUAUCGCUGGUAUCGGUGGCGCCAUGGCCGGUGCUAUUUCCUCUAUUCAUCCGAUAGCAGGUGUCGGUUUCUCACUUGCGUCUUUUGGCUGCGCUUUUAUCUGA